CAUUUCAGGGAACCCCAAAUAUUCCUUUUUUGUUUGGGAUGUACAGAGAAGACAAAAGUUUUCAGAAAUUACUAGGCACAGUCUCAACAAGUUCUUGCUGUGCACUUGUGUUGGAGCCUACACUAACUGUUUAUUUUCUUUGUGUGAAGCUUUGCUUUUUUUCUGUGUAUUUUAAGAACUCGUGUUUUGCAACUGCUGAAUGCAAAUAACAAUUUUACUAGCCAAGCUGGUGGUUUUCUGGCACAUUGUAAACCUAAUCUUUAGGCAUGGAGACUUGGUUAAAUGCACCAAGAUUUCAUUACUCAUAGAAAUAACAAAAGCAUCCCAGAGAUUAUUAACAGAUACAACCAAAGAGCAGUUUACUGUAGAAAAUACUUUAAAGUCUCUAAUAUCUACACAGCCUAGAAUUAGAAUUUCUAGUUUGAUAUAUGCUGAGAUCAACCCCUAGAUUUUAUUUUUAAGCUGUCUUCACCACUCUCUACUUUCUCCCUGUUUAGGUUUUACUUGUGCUGAUUUUGACCUGAGUUCCAUGAUGGUUUGUUCUUGGGACCAGACAUGACCAGAACUUGACCUCAUGAGCACAUCAACCUCUCCAGCUGCCAUGCUUCUCCGGAGGCUGAGGCGACUCUCCUGGGGCAGCACUGCUGUCCAGCUCUUCAUCCUAACAGUAGUGACAUUUGGCCUGCUGGCCCCUCUGGCCUGUCACCGGCUUCUGCACUCUUACUUCUAUUUACGCCAUUGGCAUCUGAACCAAAUGAGCCAAGAGUUCCUGCAGCAAAGCUUGAAAGAGGGAGAGGCUGCCCUCCACUACUUUGAGGAGCUGCCUUCUGCCAAUGGCUCAGUGCCCAUUGUCUGGCAGGCCACCCCCCGCCCCUGGCUGGUGAUCACCAUCGUCACUGUGGACAGGCAACCUGGCUUCCACUAUGUCUUGCAGGUUGUAUCCCGGUUCCACCAGCUUCUUCAACAAUGCGGCCCCCAGUGCGAGGGGCACCAACUCUUCCUGUGCAAUGUGGAGCGUAGUGUGAGCCACAUUGAUGCCAAGCUGCUAUCCAAGUACGUCCCUGUGGCCAACCGCUAUGAGGGCACUGAGGAUGAUUAUGGUGAUGACCCUUCUACCAACUCCUUUGAGAAAGAGAAGCAGGACUAUGCCUAUUGCCUGGAAUCAUCCCUGCAGACCUACAAUCCAGACUACGUCCUGAUGGUGGAAGAUGAUGCUGUUCCGGAAGAGCAGAUCUUCCCCGUCUUGGAGCACCUUCUGCGGGCUCGCUUGUCUGAGCCGCACCUCAGAGAUGCACUUUAUCUAAAGCUCUAUCAUCCUGAGAGGCUCCAACACUACCUCAACCCAGAGCCCAUGCGGAUCCUGGAGUGGGUUGGUGUGGGCAUGUUGCUGGGGCCCUUACUAACCUGGAUAUACACGAGGUUUGCCAGCCGUCCAGGGUUUAGCUGGCCUGUGAUGCUCUUCUUCUCCCUGUAUAGCAUGGGUCUUGUUGAACUCAUUGGGCGGCACUAUUUCCUGGAACUACGGCGGCUGAGUCCUUCCCUGUACAGUGUGGUUCCUGCUUCGCAGUGCUGCACCCCAGCCAUGCUCUUCCCUGCCCCUGCAGCCCGCCGGACCCUCACCUAUCUCUCCCAGGUGUACUGCCACCAGGGCUUUGGCAAGGACAUGGCACUGUACUCGCUGUUGAGGGCCAAGGGAGAGCGGGCCUAUGUGGUAGAGCCCAACCUUGUGAAGCACAUUGGACUGUUUUCCAGCCUCCGGUACAACUUUCAUCCCCGGCUGCUCUAGCAGGUCAAGAAAUACCUUUCUAAAAUUCCUGGGAAAUUCAAAUAUUAAGCUAUUUAUUUGGACAUGGUUGCUUGCAUAUAUGUGAUUGUUCAAUGUUGGUAGGGAUACAGGGACUGGGACAUCUGAACAGCAUAUAAAUCAAGGACCUCAGUUUGCCACAGGUCUGGACCUCCCUCCCUCCACACAGCCACACUGCCUCAUGCAGUCUGACCCACCCAAAGAGGGUGCAUUGAAAUGCCAGUUACUUUCUCCAGUUGUUUUCACUCUGCUUUAUGAAAGAGCUUAUGACUGCCAAAAAUCUUGUGCACAGUGAUGUGACUGUUAUAGGAUCUUAAGGAUAGAGUUUGGUGAAAGAUAAGAAUAUAUGUCCAUAAAGGCAGGCCCAUGUUGAUAGAUUCCAUUAUUUCUUUGACCUGGUGUAAUAAAAAACUAUGAUAAAAGCUGUGUAGUGCCCAGCAUGUUUGGGUCAGAUGAGCUGCCUUCUUUUACCUGGCAUUUUCUUUUCCCACACAUUUUACGGUAUACUGAUAACUGACAUUGUUAGUGAGAACUUUUAAGGCACAGGAAGAUCUGGAAGUACCUUCUGAAUCAUCAGAGUCAGAUUGUGACUAUGUUCUGUAGUGAUUUAAUAUUGAAUAGUUCUGUCAUAUUCCGAUUCUUUGAAAAUGGGACAUUUCAGAAUGAUAUGGCAUGGACGAGCCCUUUACUAAUAGCAUAUCCUUUUCCCUAACUUUGCUGGCUAACAGUUCACCCUCUUUUCUUUUUAUUCUAGGUAGCAUGAGACUAUAAAGGAAAAGUAUGGACUGUGAAGUUAGAAGACCUUAUUUUUUCUUUCAGAUCUGCCAUGGUCUGGUGGUGUGACCUUGGGCAAGUCAUACAACCACUCUGGGUCUCAGUUUCAUUACCUGUGAAAUAGGGACAGUAAUGCCUAUCUUUCAGAGUUGGCUUGAGGAGUAAAUGACAGAACGUAUGUAAAACACCUAGCAAGUGCUUGGUCCCUAGAAGGCACUUGGCAAAUGUUAGUUCUUUUCUCUCCUAUUAUAAACAUAUUAAAUAUAAGUGUACUUUGGAUAAAGAUGUUAGUAAUGUUUUUUAAAGUACGAGAUCAGGCACAGGGCUGACACCUAUGUAGCCGCUGUUCCAGACCAAACACUGCUAGAAUAAAGGCUGACUUUUCAUUGUGACUUCUUAAGGAUAUGCAGCUCAGCUUUUAUCUGACCCCACCUUGAAACCAAGCCACAAAUAAGAAUUAUUCCUUCCAACUAAAAAUGAUCCCAGUCUCCUCUUGAGCUCAUUCCAAGACUACCCAGAAAAACAAACCCACUCUCAUCGAGUUGAUUCUGACUCAUAGCGACCCCAUAGUGUUUCCAAGGCUGUAAAUCUUUACAGAAGCAGACUGCCACAUCUUUCUCCCACGGAGCGGCUGGUGGGUUCAAACUGCGAACCUUUCAGUUAGCCCAGCAAAUUCCAAGACUACCUCUUGAAAAUUCCUUUCCUCAAAAAUUAGAAAUAAAUGUCCUUUGACAGUAUUUAUCAAACUAGUGGGCAGCAAGUCCCUUAUGAGGAUGGAUGAUUAUAUUAGAGAGUUCAAGCAGUUGUCCAGUUUGUUUCAAUGCCACAUCUUUCAGUUGCUUUCAGAUUUUUCACAGCAAGCUUCUGUCUUGGGAUCUGCUCAAGAACACUGAGGGAGUUUACGUGGAGGUUUAUCACCCACAUUUUUCAAAUAAAGAAUUGAGGCCCAGAGAAGUUAAAUGGCUUCUCCGGGUUCUAACAUCUGAACAGCAACUGAGCCAGGACUGGAAUGUAGCUUUUCUGACUCCCAGUCUCUGCUCUUUUUUUUCUAAACCACGUUAGUUCUAUAAAUAUCUAAAUGAUUAAAGUCUGCUUUGUAAAAUCUGAUAGUAACCUGGACUGAAUGUGUCUGUAAGCAAAGAUGGUAGAAACCCAUUGUCGUGUUUGUCCUGGGGAAUGAACAGGUAUAAAUCUGUGUUGUGUUGUUACUGUAAACUGUUCUGUAUCCCAUGGCAACGUCCGCACUGGUCUGAGCUACUGGAUGACUUACCAAGAUGUUCAGCUCAUCCUCCUGCUGCUUUAUUCCUCCUUUCCCAGUAACUAGUCCACCCCCGAGUUUUAGAACUGAGAUCAUUAGAGUUUGUUGCAUUUAUGAUCGAUUGGGUCUCCUCAUACAAGUUUUUUGACCAAUAAUAGAGCCAUGUCUAAGCUAGUCAGGCCCAAGAUAGAGAAUAAUUGCUGGUUUACAUUUCUGUUCUUCUUUCCAGUUCGGGUGUUUACUGCAUGCAGACACACCCUCCCCUGGCUCCUCC